AUGUUGUGUCUGACGGACUCGUCUUCCUCCAUCCACAGGACAGUACGGGACCCUGAGUACUACCCCCAAACAUACUCCCAGGUUGUGUGCCUUUGCGAGGGUUGCAUCAUGGCGAACGACACUGGCACAUUGAUAGAGGACAAGAGCUACAACUCAGUUACGCUGAAGAGCUCCUGGAUGUUCGUGAAGAGGGAAAAAUGUCAGAAAGGCGGUUACAAGCUGAAGCUGGAGAGACGAGAGGUGACUGUGGGCUGCACCUGCGUCAAGCCGUCCUCGUCGCAGUGACCCCCAAUCCCAGCAACUCCUGCGGACUUGGAGCUCAUGGUGGCACCACCUCUAUGAGGUUCUGAGGACAUAUUUAUUAUCUAUUUAUUUAUCCAAGUUACAAUGGGUUGGUCUCUCUUAUAACUAGUGUGAAGCUCUGCAUAGUGCAGCUAGUGGAGGGUAUUAAAUACCCGAUUCUACAACUGAUGAUGUUUCAUCAAAAAAAAGCUAUUGUGUGUACUUUUGUUAUGUAAUAAUAAUAUUUGUUUGAAUUAUUUAUCUUAUUUGUUUGCAUUGAUUUUCAUCAUGAGACUGGUGG